AUGAAAGUCCUGUUAGUGGUGUGUCACUGGUCUCACCGUGACUCGUUUGUGAGAUUUGAAUGUACGUUGGGUACUUUGUUACAGAGAUUGCCACUAUUCAAUCUGACUCCGCUCACUCCGGGCCAUGUUAUUUUAUGGGGAACGGGCACGAAAAAAUUUCUUCGCACAAAUUUAUACCAAUACUUUAAGCGGUCAGCAUCGUUAGCCGUGUGCCGAAUCACGAUUCGCCGUCUCGACACGGUUCGAGUUCGACGCUCGCAGAGCGACGCGCGUCGGACGCCAUCGCCGAAGGAUUCCUCUAAUAAACGCGCCCCGCAGCGGGGCUACACACGGGCACGGCUACAGCACUGGCCGGGGGGCCUCGGCCCGCUUGCUAUAUUACAGUGCUGCGUAUGGGCGCGGCGGAUUGGUGCUAAUGACGUACACAGAGUCGCGGCGGCCGUCGCGGUGGCGUCGCCCGCCGGUGCCCCCGCACCGGGCGGGGGCGGGGGCGAGGGCGGCGCAGUGUCGGCGCGCGGCGGCGCCACCUCGGCGGCCGGUCAGCCCGGCGGGGAGCGGGCGCGCGCCGGCGCGGUGCGGGGCGGGCGGGGGCUCGCCGCGCGGCGCUCCUACCUGCCCUCGGGCAGCUGCCGCGCGCCAGUGUGCGCGCGCGCCGCCGCCUCCUUAACAGAUUUCGAAACAUACAGUGUAAACUCUUCAAGGCGCUGUACGCAGUCAAUUUUUAACUAUUUGGGUGGUGAAGUA